GGUGGUGGUGGUGACUCAACUGCCCGGGCGGCGAGACGGGACCGGGGUGGGGGCUACUGAACUGAACCAUCGCGCUCCGUUCACAGCGCACAGGGAGACGAAGAAGGAAGAGGAGAGGAUCACGUGGCCUGACGAGGGGCGUCUGUCUGUGUCUUUUUGCGUCUCUUUCUCUGUCUCUCUCUGUGUCUGCCCGAUGUUGCGCCGCUCGCGCGUCAAUGUGAGACCCAACGUGAGCAGGAAGGGGGAGCCGGGGGGCUGCCCCCCCCAUGGACCGGAGGUCCCAGGGCAAGUCGGCGGAGAGGGUCCUGCCGAGGCACCCAUUCGGCCCGCCGGCUCCGACAGCAGGACUCCGGCGAAAGAUUGGGCAGAGAAGCCAUGCGCCCUCCCAUCCCGUUUGCCUGGCCCGGCCGUUCCGCCGGCUGGCCCCUGUUCUACGUCACUGCCGUCGCUGUGUUCACUCGGAGACCCAGGAGGGUGCACUGCCACAGAGGGUGAUGUUUCCUCCACGGCCGCUCCUCUCGGUGGCAGCAGUGGCCGAGAAGAAGAUUACGCGGGGCACGGCAAACCUGUCGGGCCGAGCCCGGCCCCCGUGUCUUCUCAGAAUGCCGCGGUGCGCUCCCAGAAUGCACCUGGCCGUCGCAGCCGCCCGUUGGUACAGCCGAAGCUGGGAGCGCGGCGCGCGGGCUCUGUUCGGGCGAUGCCGGUGGAGGCGGAGGCGGCGUCAGCUGCCCCUCCGGAGGAGACGACUGCUGCAGAAAAAUCCGUUUCGCCGAAAACGCCUGGGAAACUUCAGCCGAAUUGCGCGGGAAAAAAUGGGCAUUCAUAUUUGGGUUUUGAAGAUUCGUCCUAUGCAGGUGUGUGGAAUUCGGCUUCUCGUUUCUAACGUCCCUUCUCCUUCCUGGAAUUGUUGGCACUCACGUGGGGGUCUGCUGCUUUCUCGAUCUGCUUCCUUCGAACGUUGAGUGGUGACCUGGACCACCACUCCCUCCUGUCCUGGACCACCACUCCCUCCUGUCCUGGACCAC